CCGUCGGCAUCCCUACCUUUACAAAUAGCACUGCUCGCUUCCUCCGCUCCUGCAUUCAUAUCCUUCCUUCCCAAACCCGUAGAAGCCCCCUCAAUCUCAUUCUCUCAAGAUGCAAAUCUUCGUCAAGACCCUUACUGGCAAGACCAUCACCCUCGAGGUCGAAAGCUCCGACACUAUCGACAACGUCAAAGCUAAGAUCCAGGACAAGGAGGGUAUUCCCCCUGACCAGCAGCGUCUGAUCUUUGCCGGCAAGCAGCUAGAGGACGGCCGAACACUCGCUGACUACAACAUCCAGAAGGAAUCGACCCUCCACCUCGUCCUCCGUCUCAGGGGUGGGAUGCAGAUUUUUGUCAAGACAUUGACCGGCAAGACCAUCACCCUUGAGGUCGAGAGCUCCGACACCAUCGACAACGUCAAGGCCAAGAUCCAGGACAAGGAGGGUAUUCCUCCGGACCAGCAGCGUUUGAUCUUCGCCGGAAAGCAACUCGAGGACGGUAGAACCCUUGCCGACUACAACAUCCAAAAGGAAUCCACCCUCCACCUUGUGCUCCGUCUAAGGGGAGGCAUGCAAAUCUUUGUCAAGACCUUGACCGGCAAGACCAUCACCCUUGAGGUGGAGAGCUCCGACACCAUCGAUAACGUGAAGGCUAAGAUCCAAGAUAAGGAAGGUAUCCCCCCCGACCAGCAGAGGCUCAUAUUCGCCGGAAAGCAGCUCGAAGACGGCAGGACCCUAGCCGACUACAACAUCCAGAAGGAGUCGACCCUCCACCUCGUGCUCCGUCUGAGGGGAGGUAUGCAGAUUUUCGUGAAGACUCUUACCGGUAAGACCAUCACAUUGGAGGUGGAGAGCUCCGAUACCAUCGACAAUGUGAAGGCCAAGAUUCAGGACAAGGAGGGUAUCCCACCAGACCAGCAGAGGCUCAUCUUCGCUGGGAAACAGCUUGAGGAUGGCCGCACCUUGGCGGACUACAACAUUCAGAAGGAGUCCACCCUUCACUUGGUUCUGCGUCUACGUGGGGGAAUGCAAAUCUUCGUGAAGACAUUGACGGGGAAGACCAUCACACUGGAGGUGGAGAGCUCGGAUACGAUUGACAACGUGAAGGCGAAGAUCCAGGACAAGGAGGGUAUCCCUCCGGACCAGCAGCGUCUCAUCUUCGCUGGUAAGCAGCUUGAGGAUGGGCGCACCCUCGCCGAUUACAACAUCCAGAAGGAAUCCACCCUCCACCUUGUUCUCCGCCUUCGUGGGGGCUUCUGAAACCCUUCCAUCUAUUGAUCCUCCUGCUUAUGAUAUCUCCUGUCUGUUUGACCGUGUCCACGUGUGAAAGUUUCAAUGGUUCUCUUCUUUAUGCUGUAUAUCAGAUAUAGAGGCCUAUGAGGCCUCAUUUGGAACUCCUAAAAUCUCUAAAUAAAUUCGUCUAUUUACUCAUA